AACUCGUGUUACUUUGCUCAACGAAAACCUCGUGGUUCGACAAAUUGGAAGUAGAGAGAACGCCCACUCUGCUAGUGCUAGGGUUUUAACGGCCAUGGCGGGUGCGGGAAUCCAUCCUUACCAUCAACAGUGGCCGCCAGCGCCUGCUGCUCCUCCUCCUCCUCCGCCUCCUCCAAUGCCCGUUGAAAACCCUCCCCGUCCUACCACAGACGAGGUUCGGACGAUCUUUAUAUCUGGUCUUCCGGAAGAUGUAAAGGAAAGAGAGCUACAAAACCUUCUAAGAUGGUUACCAGGUUACGAGGCUUCGCAAGUGAAUUAUAAGGGGGAGCAGCCAAUGGGAUUUGCUCUUUUUUCAACUGCUCAGCUUGCAAUGGCAGCCAAAGAUGCUCUUCAGGACAUGGUUUUUGAUGCGGAAUCUAAGUCUGUAUUGCAUACCGAGAUGGCAAAGAAGAAUCUUUUUGUUAAAAGAGGUGUAGUAGCAGAUUCAAGUUCCUUUGAUCAAAGUAAACGCUUGAGAACUGGUGGUGAUUAUACACAUACAGGUUAUCCAAGUCCAUCUCCAUUUCACCCUCCUCCGCCGCCUGUUUGGGGACCACAGGGGUACAUGGCUCCAGCUCCUCCACCGUAUGAUCCAUAUGGAGGUUACCCUGUUCCUCCAGUACCAAUGCCUACACCUGCUCCUGUGCCAGCUCCUAGUGGUUAUGCACCUGUUCAGAACACAAAAGACAAUCCUCCUUGCAACACUCUCUUUAUAGGCAAUCUUGGAGAGAAUGUAAUUGAGGAAGAACUGAGGAAUCUUUUCAGUGUCCAACCUGGUUUUAAGCAAAUGAAGGUUUUGAGGCAGGAAAGAAAUACAGUAUGCUUCAUUGAAUUUGAUGAUGUAAACAGUGCCACCAAUGUUCAUCACAACUUGCAAGGUGCAGUUAUCCCCAGUUCUGGACGUGGUGGCAUGCGAAUCCAAUAUUCAAAGAACCCGUUUGGGAGAAGGAAGGAUUCAAGCAACCCUAUUGCUGCUCCUGAUGCCAAUGCCAAUGCCAAUGCAAAUGGUGUUCCUCCACUAGCACUAACUUACCAGUAGCUGAAGGGAUGUAUUCUGCUCUUUUUCUUCCUAAUGAGUUAUAGGAAAAGAACAAUUACUACUACAUGGUAGGAUGCAUCAUGCAGCUGUUGCAUGCAUUAUGAACGCAUGUGGUGAUGCCAUGAACAACCAGUGGGUCCAUAUCGCUAGAGGAUUGACUGUUUAUCAAAGAUAUGCAUUUGCUGGCAUCCAAGAACUGAAUGAAUGGUUAGGUUUCAUGUUUGUUUGUUUUGUUGGGAAGGAUUUAGGUCCAUAUUUUUGGACUUUGUGCAGGGACUCCAUCUUGACUAUAUUGUGCAUUGUCAUUAGGAAUAUAACACUUUUGAUAGGCAACUCUGCCAUUUCUCUCUUCCUUGUAGGUUUUCAUUCCAUGUUUUAUGAAAGUUCUCUAAUUUCAUUUCAUGUCAUGAGAUGGUUAAGGUAUGAACAUUCUGGAUCAUGUCAUCGGUUCAUGAUUCUUGUGGUCGCCUGCAUAUCUCUAUAUUAUUCUUAAAAAGUACAAUUGAUCAGUCUUGCACACAACUGGUUUUCUUGCUGUCAACCUCUAGGUUCUUAGGCAUUGAACAAUAAGCCAAAGAAUGUGAGAAAUAUAUGAUGCUUUUUGUAUUCAGGAUUUUCUUAUGGGGACUUCAUCUUGGCCAUAACUUUUGUUGACAUUACGAAUGACAUUUUAGUGGCAUCUUUUAUCACGUCAUUCUCACUCCAUGUCAUUUGGGGAAGUGGUUCCAAGUUCCAUGCCAUGUCAUGACAUAAUUGAAGCUGGAUAAUAUCAUUGGUCCAUAGUCCUCAUCACAAUGGUUUGAGCAGCAUCUCUUCAUACAUUCAUCCACAAAACAUCUGUCCAAGUUUAUCACGGAACUGAAUUUGAUGCUUCUAACCUCCAGGCUCUUGAAACAUUUAUUCAACAAUCCAAACAAAUGGCAGAAAUAUAUGAUGCUGUGAUUUCUAUGCAGGAUUUAUCUUAAGACUGAAAAUUCUGAGCUGCAUUUGCUCCAACAAUGAUUUCAGGGAUGUUGCUGCACCACUUCAGUUUCAGGUAACUUUUUCCUAACCAGGCACCGUUACAGGGCACUGCAGAUUGACUUGAUGGAUUAUCUAGGAUAAAAAAAAAUUGUUACCAUCUUCUGAAGCUGCACCUAGUUUUGAGGUUUCAAGCCGCUUUUAUUUGCCAAUCAUUAAAAGUAGAUUGUAUGAAGCCAACUUUUCCUCGGUCUUUUUUCCUUUUAAUUUUUGACACCUAAACUUUGUGGGGACAAUUAAGGUAAGCUCCAAGUUCUUGUAUUUUGGUCGAUGCAUGACCCAAUUGUACAGGGAUAACGUAGGCAUAGAAAAUAGGGUGAAACACUUUCUAUCUGCCUGUUCCACCAAAUGAGAAUUUUAGGGGGUUGUUCGCCAA